AUGUUUAUCAAGGUAACGAGCGCAUACGCUCUCGUACUGCUUGCACUGGGAUGUACAAUCGUCAUUUCGCUCAUUCCCACGUAUCUUCCGGCUCGAGAGAUUUCCGAAGCGUUACCAACGAAAAGUCAAGUACAAAAUGUUGAAUUGAGAUUUGUAUCAUCGUCAGGACGAGAUUUAUUUGAUGCAUUCAGUGUGCAGAAGCAGAUGCAAAAUGCUCUUCCAAAAGAUAUUUCCACGACGGUUCUUGUUCUGAAUGUGACACAAAGCACAAUUUCAACAUUGUUCGUCAGAUAUCAACUGGUGUUUAAUCGAUCGUGUAGAAAAAGAUGCCAAUUGCAGAUUCUUGCUUUAGCUCAUCUUCGCUUUGCAUCAUUGAUCAUCAAUUUAGGUGAAAUAUCGUUCGAUGAAGUCACUGGAGAUAUAUCGAAGAUUUCUGAAUAUUGGGCGAACAUUCGUCCGUAUGUGGAUAAUCCUCCAACGAUAUUCGGUGUAACCGAAACAGACUUACCGACUGGAUGUCAAAUUGAACAAGUUCAUGUUUUGCAUCGACACGGUGCUCGUUAUCCAACUUCGGAUCCAUUCGAUGGAGGAAAUAUCAAAAGAUUUGCCGAGAAAAUUAAUCAAAAUACCAAGAAUUUCUUUGGUUCACUUGCAUUUCUUAACACUUGGUCUUUACAACUCGGUGAAGAAUUACUCGUACCGAACGGUUACAAUGCUGAGAUGAUCUCAGGAAUUGACUUUCGAAAUGAAUAUGGCCACAUCUUAAACAAUGCUUUCUCGAAAUCUCUUCUACGAACAAGUGGAGUCAAUCGAAAUUAUCAGAGCACAAUCGCUUGGGCGACAGGCUACUUCGGAUCAUCGAAUUCAACUGAUCAAUACUCCAUUCUCUCCUUAGGUUAUCAAAAUGGAAGCAACAACACACUGUACGGUGCUUUAGCUUGUCAAAAUCUCUUCAUUCCAACAGCAUUUACUUUCAAUCAGGAUGAGAUGUAUUCUUAUCUCGCUCCUGCUCUUCUCACUGCAACGAUUCGUUUCAACAAUAAUACAAAUUCGACGUUUGUUUUUGAUCAUAUCGACGCAUUUGCAAUGCAAUCAUUAUGUGCAUACGAAUAUUCGGCAUUGAAUUCCAGCGAUUUUUGUUCGUUGUUCACAUUAAACGAAUGGCGAGGGUUUGAACAAGCGUUGAAUUUAGCUUUUUACAAUGUUUAUGCAUUCGGAAACGAAACUGGUCGAGCUCAAGGGAUUGGUUAUGUCGAAGAAUUACUCGCUCGAUUUCAACAUCGAUUAAUUAACAUCAGCCAUUCAUCCGUAAACUCCACUCUCGACUCAUCUCAAACAACAUUUCCUCUAAAUCAACCAUUUUAUCUCGACAUGUCACAUGACAACAACAUAGCGAGUGUUCUAACGGCACUUUCCAUUGAUUAUUUUCGUGAAGAUUUAUCUCAAACAUUUCCCCCACCGAACGAUCAACAUUAUCGAGUAUCUCGGAUGACACCGUUCAGCGCUCGAAUGGUUACGGAAAAGAUCAGAUGUCAAUCAUCUUCGUUUGUGCGAAUGAAGUUAAAUAAAGGUAUUUUACCAUUGAAUUCGAUUCGAGGAGGGUUUUGUUCACGAGAAAGACAAGAUGGUUUAUGUUCGAUUGAAAAUUUUCUCGCAAGUCAAAUCAAUGCAAGUACAAUGGCGAAUUUCGAUUACGUUUGUUUCGGAAAUUAUACACUUGAUAAAAAUGUUCGUAUCACUGAUGGAACUCUUUUUCCAUGA